GUAUGCGCUACAGAUAGGCGUGAAUUAUAUAUCAUUUGACUUUAUGUAAAAACGCCGGAUUUUAUCUUCUCUAAAAAUUGUAACAACUUCGACGUGCUUAUCUGUUUAAGCAAAAUUUUACCGAGUAAAAAUUUCUUGCUGCAGAUUUCGACCCACAAAAUAAACUUAAACAUUUGAUCUGUUUUCAUGGACUCAAAACGUCCUAAACUAUGCACAUCAGAAGUUGAUAAUUUGAAGUCUGAAAUAGAUGUGCUUAAACCCGAAGAAGUUGGAAUUACGGCUUAUGUACGACCAUCAGUCAAAGGUUUCGAAGCAGUAUUGAAAAACAGAUGGGAAGAUUUCAUCGUUCGGGAAUUUAUGGGUUGCACAUAUGCCAGAUUGACAAAUUUAGAGCCUAUUCCAGAUCCUGUUCCAGAGGCUAUUGAUUUUAAUAUGGAGGAAAAACUGGGCGAUCACUUAUCUGAACUUCAAAGUUUAGAUCAUGGUGAUAUUGAAAUAUUAAAAAUCAAAGCCCCUGAUAAUAAAACGGAUAGGACGCAAAUUCAUGAAGCGGUACGUAAAUUAUUCCCAUCCUUGGAAAGCACCACAGUAAAAGAAGAUGAUCAAAAUGUGAUUGUUGUAUUUAGGAAAAAUCAUCCGGAAGCUAAAAAUUCGCGAAGAUCCAGAGGAAACGCCAAAGGCAUGAGUAAAAGCGCGCCGUAUUGUCGCUUUGUACUGUACAAAGAGGGUAAAGACACUCUUAGUGCUAUUCAACUGCUGAGUCGUUUCCUUCAUGUUGGGCCUAGUAUGUUUACGUAUGCUGGUACCAAAGAUCGUCGAGCGAUCACUACACAAUUUGUUACAGUAAAGGGCAUCAAUUCAAAAACUCUGUCUUCACUUAACAGUCGACUAUACGGGUUACGUGUAGGGAAUUUUUCAUAUGUUUCGUCGCCUCUUUUCUUGGGAGAUUUGGAUGGAAAUCAUUUUGUGAUUGUGUUGAGAUCAGUAAAUGCAAUAAAAACAGUUGUUCAAGACGCAGUUGAAGCGUGGAAAUGUACUGGUUUCUUGAACUACUAUGGUCUACAGAGGUUUGGGCAUUCUUCACAGUCAAGAAGUUUUGAAAUUGGAAAAUAUCUCAUUCGUUCUGACUGGGGGAAUGCCAUUGAUCUAAUCUUAAAACCAACUUCUGCAGAUUUGCCCUUCCUUCGAGAAAUUAAGGAAAAAUACUUAAAAACUGGUGAUGCUGAUGGGUGUGCUGAAGAGUGUCCAGUGAGCAUAGAAAAAUCUUUGUUAUUCGGUAUUGCAAAGUAUGGAAAAACUCUCAAUGCUUUACAGAUGCUUCCUCGUAAUCUUCGUCAGAUAUAUGUGCAUAGUUAUCAAUCGUUCUUAUGGAAUCAUGUAGCCAGUCGUCGAAUGGCACAACAGGAUCCAGAUGAUUAUUAUGCUAAACCUGGUGAUCUUUAUUAUAAUAAUAUUGAUGAGGUGACUAUUUCAGAUGAAUUUAAAACUGAGGACGUUAUCCCAGAAGAAUUAAUUUCAGAAAUGGGUGAAACCUUAGUGGCACCAACAAAUUGUACUCCUUCGCGUAAAACAUCUCUCAUUCAUCCAUCAAUUGUUGGAGAAGAUGAAAUUGGAAAAAUCCCUUUGAAGUCUGUUGUACUUCCUGUUCCUGGUUAUGCAACACACUAUCCUAAAAAUGAAAGUGCUGAUUGGUAUACUGAGUUACUCAAAGCAGAUGGUUUAUCAUCUAAGAAUUUUAAUAAUUCAAUUAAAGAUUUUGCACUUCCUGGAUCCUAUCGACAGUUGAUUGUUGUUCCGACAAAUGUUGAAUAUGAAUUCCAUGAAUAUUCAGACCCUAAUAUACCACUGGUUAAAUCUGAUCUCCAGCUUCUUAACAAUACCAAUGACAAUCAGACCAACAUGUCAAAAAGUGAAACACAGGACAAUGAUAUUUGCAUAAAUAAAGAUAAAAGCCAACAGGCUGUUGUGCUCACGUUUAAUUUACCUAAAUCAGGUUAUGCUACAAUGGCAAUACGAGAAAUUACAAAAACUGCUAUAGAAAGAAGAUAACUUCCAAUAUACACUCGGACACUGGAAUCAUCAGCAUGAAUCUGGGAAAAUGCUAUUGAAUUCUCUCAAUGUUUUAUAAGCUGUAUAUAAUAAAAGUUUUUUUUCGGUCUCAAAAACAUUUCUGUUAUUCUUUUUUGUUAGAGGGUUUAAGUUCAUUGGUUCCAAGGGAGGACAUCUAAAGAAGGCUUUAUCAGUGCAUCACUAAUUCAAUCUGUUCUCUUCAGUAGUUUUUAGCUGACUCCACGAUUGCCUCCAAGCUUUUAUUUCCUGCUCACUAUAUCGUUUCUAUUUUGUCCCUGGAUGCCUAACUCGUUGCUCGGCAGUCGCAUUCCAUUCAAUGGUUUGGCUCAUAAUGUCACUCAACGUGUCCGAUCCAUCUUUAUCUAUGGGUCCUUGGUUGGUUCUUUGACGGAUUUCCUUGUUGUUUCUCCCUUAUUGCCAACAAUUUGGUCUUCGGUGUGAAGCGAAAGUAGCUGCUAUAACGGAAGUCUGCAACAGGCAGUUGGAAAUACUAUUGGUGUAAUGCGCACCACAUAUAAGCAGUGAUUUGACGUUGAUGUUGCUCAGUGUAGAAGAUAAACUGAUAAGUUUCCGAGUAAUAAGGCAUGUCCAUUGAAUAACCUGGGAGUACUGGACAGCUUUUUCGCCAGCCUAGUUUGGGACUCUUCAUCAGCACGCUAGACUGACCAAACACAUGUACUUCCUGCAGGUUUUCCAACGGUUCUCUAAUUGAUUUCAGCUCAUGAUGAAAUUAAUUAAUAAUACUUGGUCAAAAUUCCUGUCUGUCUAUAUCUUCUUAUGGAUGCGUUAAGAAAUGUUUUACAACUGUUUACCCACACACGCAUGCACACUCUGUUUAAAGUGUUUAACAAAGGUAGACCAAUAUUUGUAAGUCCAAGGUCAAAUUUUCAUCACAGGUCAUACAAUAUUUUUUUUUACUUGUUUUAUGAAUCAUGAUUGGACAAAGUUGUUAAAAACAAGAAGUGUUCCUUUUAUACAUAAACCUCUGUUAUGUUAAUUUUGAUUAAUUUCCCUGAAGAAGUUCGGACCAGAUUGCCAAACGAAACGUUGGAAUUACUCAUUUCAAUCUCGCUGAGAUUUUACAAAUAUAAUUUUUUACAAAUGUCUACUUCUCAC